GUGGGAUGUGGUAGUACGGUAUCCGAGAAGCUGUUUAUCCGUUCCGAUUGGCUGUUGGUGCGGCCGCUUUCCGUAACUAGUGACCUAAAAGGACGAGGCUGAGGGUCGAGGCCCCACUUGCUGCGAUGGAACGUUGUGAGUUAACAGUAAACACGACCAACACCGCCGAAAAGAGUCCACUAUCAUCAAUCAUCCCGUGCUUCCGACGGUUUCCGCAAGACAAUUACCAUCCAGCCUGAUCAAAGAUGGCGGCGGCUGGCCAGAAGUUAUAUCCAAGAGCGACGCUCAAGAAGAUUGUCAAGGCUCACUCGAGGAAGAACGUGAGCAAGAAUGCUGAUGUGCUGGUCUUUCUCGACUAUGCGCUCUUCUUACAGACGUUGGUGAAGGAAGCUGGCAUCAAUGCGAAGCAGGCAGGCGAUCGCGGCAUCACGGCGAAGAACGUGAACAAGGUCACAGAGACGACGCUUCACAAAUUCAAGGGCUGAGACGCUGCACGCGACGGGGACAAACUGGUGGGAAUGGAGGAGGGGCAUAAUAUUGACUAUUAUGGGGACAAUGGCGAAAGGAUACCCAGGCAUUGAAAGGAACCAGCAUAGACUGGAUGUUUGUUUACGACCAAAUUAUGAUGGAUUAGUUAUUGGGACACCAUUUUGGUAACACAAUUCGCCAUCGUUGGCUUCGAUCGAUGACAUGGCAAGGUACACACGACGUCUAACAACGCGAUAUAAUACGUAAACGUCAGGAACAACGCGAUAGAAUACGUAAACGUCAGGAACAACGUGUAGAAAUAAUAUCCCUCAAUGUAAAAUAAUAG